AGAGAGCAAGACAAGAGAUACGGACAGGAGCGGCCCCUCGAUGCGCUGGAGCUCAGACACACACUCACAUGCACGCACACACACAUACACACACCCACACACACACACUGCCCGAACUCUAGUCUCGAUUCCGGGAAGAUUUACACCUCGGAGCCACAGUCCUAUUUUUUCCGCAGAAACUACGGGCACUACGGGCCUGCGCUCCGGUUUGAAAGUGGACCUAACACCGCCUUACUUUCUGGACAUGGGAGACAUGGGGGACCCACCGAAAAAGAAACGCCUGGUGUCUUUGUGCGUGGGCUGCGGGAAUCAGAUCCACGACCAGUACAUCCUGCGCGUGGCGCCCGACCUCGAGUGGCACGCGGCGUGUCUCAAAUGCGCGGAGUGUAACCAGUAUCUGGACGAGUCGUGCACUUGCUUUGUCCGGGACGGCAAGACGUACUGUAAACGCGACUACAUCAGUUUGUAUAUUUUGAUAGCACCAGCACACACCAUGACAAGUUCCUUGGACAUGCAACCCAGGAUACUUGGCAAAAAAAGACUUUACGGAAUCAAAUGCGCAAAAUGCAACAUCGGGUUCAGCAAGAACGACUUCGUGAUGCGCGCUCGCGCCAAAGUGUACCACGUGGAGUGUUUCCGGUGCGUGGCGUGCAGCAGGCAGCUGAUCCCGGGCGAUGAGUUCGCGCUCCGGGAGGACGGCCUGUUCUGCAGAGCCGAUCACGACGUGGUGGAGAGAGCCAGCAUGGCGCCCGGGGAGCCGCUCAGCCCCCUGCACCCGUCCCGGCCCUUACAGAUGGCAGCAGAGCCAAUCUCGGCGCGGCAGCCCGCGUUGCGCCCGCACGUGCACAAGCAGCCCGAGAAGACGACGCGCGUGCGCACGGUGCUGAACGAGAAGCAGCUGCACACUUUGCGCACGUGCUACAACGCGAACCCGCGGCCCGACGCGCUCAUGAAGGAGCAGCUCGUGGAGAUGACGGGCCUGAGCCCGCGGGUAAUCCGAGUCUGGUUUCAGAACAAGCGCUGCAAGGACAAGAAGCGCAGUCUGCUGAUGAAGCAGCUGCAACAGCAGCAACCCAACGACAAGACGAACAUUCAAGGAAUGACGGGAACUCCAAUGGUGGCCACCAGUCCAGAGAGACACGAUGGUGGAUUACAGGCGAACCCGGUGGAGGUGCAGACUUAUCAACCACCCUGGAAGGUCCUGAGCGAUUUUGCACUGCAGAGCGAUAUCGACCAACCCGCUUUUCAGCAACUGGUAAAUUUUUCUGAAGGAGGACCAGGCUCGAAUUCAACAGGGAGUGAAGUGGCGUCCAUGUCCUCGCAACUGCCAGAUACACCAAACAGCAUGGUGGCCAGUCCCAUCGAGGCCUAGACGAUUCGGAUUAAUCUUCCUUUUCACAAUCGGAAGAGGGGAAAAUAAAACAGAGGGUCUCCAAAGGUCGUCGAGUCCCUGUUUCACCGAGGCUUCACUCCCGAGUAACACCGACAGACCUCCAAUUCCGCAGGGCUUUUCUAUCCAAACAAGCCCUAUGGUCGCGUUUAUACACUGUGAUGACAAUCGUGGGAACGAAAAGGCGCGCGAGCAAAAAAAAAAAAAAGAGAGAGACACUUCUUCACGAGAAGACGAGCGUUACCGGAAGUCUUGGACAUCCGGCGGAAGUAGACCUGCACCGGGUCCGAAAUGUCUAGAAGUCCUUUCCUCCGACGUUUGGGCCUUUACUACGCAGGAACUGGUGGAACUGGUCGGCUAUAUAUACAUAUAUAUAUUUUGCCAAACAAACCGAGACAUUUUUGCUCUUUUUUUUUUUCUUUCUUUUUGACAAAAUCAGCGAACCUCAUAGGAAGAUGAGACCCAUGAGGACUCUAAAUCCGUGCAGCGCAGCAUGAGCGGCACAAACACACUGCUGACUCGUCAAAAACACCACAAACUGAGAUUUAUUCACUGAAUAUUGAAAGUGUGAGGACGGCCUGGCAGCCGAGUCUAACCGCUUUUUAUUUUAUUUUUUUUUGUUAUAUGGUAUCUUUUCAAGCCCAAGUAGGCUACUAAAGCAUUGCAACAAGGUAUACCUCUAUUCGACCACAAGCUGCGUGGGACAUUUACGUGUAUGUGUCCGUCCGAGAUUUUAUUAUUAUUAUUAUUAUUAUUAUUAUUAUUAUUAUUAUUAUUAUUAUUAUUUCCCAAAGAUGUGUAUAGUUUUAAGUUAAUAUGUCGGUCAAACAGCGAAGAUCUUUUUUUUGUUUGUUUGUUUGUUUGUUCCUAUAUUACAAAAAUAAUUUAUUAUUUAUUGUCCAACGACCUGCCACUUUUGUGUACUAUCUUGAAUUGCUGAAGUAAAAAAGAGGAAAAUUA